CGAUACAGGUUGGUCAGUUUCAGUUAGAUUUUGCUACGGUGAUAACAGUCACCAGUUGUAUAAAAUAGGUCAGCCGAGAGUGUGGAAGCACACUUCGUCGCUGACGGCAACGACGACGACGACGACGACGACGACGAACAACGACGACAAAGAAAGAGAAGGAAAACGGUGGAGGCGUGCGCGGAAAAACGUAAAGUACCCCCCAGUGUCGCUACGGGGCACGAGUGUAUUCGUGUGUGCUUGAAUCACGUUUGGGAGGGAUUUCGCGUUGGAGAAGAGCGGUACUAAUAGCCAGGUAUUGAGAGACUUGAGCACUUAACUCUAGGAUAUCCUACGUGAUGCGUACUGGGGAAAGGAAGCCAGUCCAUAAAGGAGCAAUAAUCAUGAAGGAGUUCGGCUCGGUAGCUGUCUUGGUGCUUACGCUGAUCGGGCCUGGAUUGGCUCGUUCUAACGAUGGAUUCUCAAGCAUCAAUCGGCAAGAAGAUGGCCAUGGUAAUUAUCAAUACAAUUACGACAUUACCGAUUGGGAUACCAACCUCAAAAGGUGGGAAACUGUUGAUGCAGAAAACAAUCGUCGGGGAGGAUACACCAUCACUGAUAUAGAUGGAAAGGUCCGCCAGGUCGAGUACACGGCUGGCAAGAACGGUUUUCGUGCUAUAGUCAAGACGAAUGAGCCUGGCACAAAGACACAUUUUACAGGCGACCACGACGCUAUCUAUGUUCGCGAUGGCGUAACGAAGAUCAUCCAGGACGCACAGCCCGCGCUACAGCAGACCGGACAUGUCCUCAAGCAGAAGAAACUAGGCCACGUGCAUCAUCAUACUCACGUCAUCCCGGAAGCUCCGAUCGAUCCCGCGAUUCCCGCGGUGCACGCGCACUCUGUACGUCCCGUUGUCAAACUUCAAACGCCACUUGUGGUUCCGACUGUUGUUCAGCCUGCUCCGGUUCCGGUCGUUAUUCCGCCCCCGCCACCUCCUCCGGUUGUAGUGCAUAGGCCGAUCUUUCACGAGACAGUUAUUCAACGUGCCCCUGAGCCAGUUAUUCCGGUUGUACCGAAGCGCACGAUCGCCUAUAUUCCGCCCAUUGUUACGCACAAGCAGGUGCAUGUACCGCCAUUGCCACCAAAACCAGUGUUUGAACAUGUUCACCGCGUCGCUCAUCAACCGCCUCCUUCUGUCGUACGUGUGGAGCCUGCGGUAGCGCCUAGGCCUGUCGUAGUCACUGACAUUCCCGCUUACACUGGACCUCGUCGUCGGCCCCAAAAGUUUAUUGAGGACCCAUCACAGGCAUUCGAAACGCCCACAGAAAAAGUCAUCCUAACGCCAAAGCGCGUUCCCGCCUACGCUCCUGACCAGGAUCUUCCCGAAGACUACGGCACCGUCAGCGUGCCAACCGUUCCACCCCCAGCCUCACGUCUCCGUACCGCCUAUGUGCCAGAGAAGAUUGUCGCAGCUCCGGUUGUCAAAUCCGCUUUACCAGUAACCCGUUUUGCACCCAUCGCGAUUCGUCCAGUCUACCAGCCGAAGUAUUCGUACGGGCCUACUUAUCACACCACCUCGUACCAGCCGAUCUCCCAUACACCAUUGCGCUGCUCGCGUUGCAGCGGCUACGGAAAGGCCAAAUCCAGGUAAACAACUCAGCUAUGGCACUUCAGUCAUCAACAAAAAUCACUAUGGAUAAAACUAAGUGUAUCUGGUAAUGCGCUUCCACCCUGGUGACGGGAUGGUUCGCAUUUUUUACGAUACAUGAUGAGUGUCGCAUCGCUAGAGAGUCGUCAGAACACACGGUAUGGAAGAUCUGGUAUCUUCCAUACGAUUGAAGAGUAAGCAAUAGAUGAAGUAUAUGGCGAAGACGAACCAAGUUUUCUUUAAAUUUACACAGCUCGCACAUAGCAGAGCCGCUGUUGUAAAUUUUGAUGGUAUUCAGUAAUAGCAACGACGUCGUGUUGAUCAUAACUCUAAGAUUGGAACUUCGCGCAUCAUUGCUUGCAUUCAAUUUUUGUGGUUGGCUUGCAGUUAUAAUAAGUUGGAAUUGAUCUACCCUAUUUGACAGCCUGCCUCAAAUCGGUGAAUAAAUAAAUAUACGGAUUGUCGUUUAAGCAUAAGGCGCUCUGUUGCAUGACAAAAAAGUAAUUGCAUGGGCCACGUUCCAUUGUGGACGUGUUGCAUACUCGACACAUCUCGCUAUCGCAUUUAUCUAUCAUGCUAUUACCUUUAGGACUUCAGGAAGAAAGCAUCAAUGGAAAACACCACAUCGACUUGGUCCUAUUGAAAGCUGAAGUGUUCUAUCUAUCAAAGUCGUACUCUAAAUAAUCGAAAUACAGAAAAGUCAUUUCUUCAGCAGUGAUUCUUUUUCUCUACUAAGCCUUUCUCAUAUUUAUAUUCAGCGUCUGUGAAGCCUUUUCGUAUAUCGCGCAGUGCCUGAGGUCUACGACUUUUUGCUGGAGCAGAUGAUGUUUGGCGGUGUUACGUUGCUUUAGAUACCUUUGACUAAUCUAGUUUUAUCUACGCCAGGGUUCUUUUCCCUUCAUACUCGUUUCUUAAUAGCCCGCUGCGCUCACUUGUACUGUCAAAAGUGAGCAGCUGUCCAUCCAAGCUCGAAUGUUUCCUCAUUUGAGAAAAUUACCUUUGAGACUCGAGCUAAUAUACAAUGUAGAUCUAGAGAUUCAGUUCAGGACUUGCAUACAAUAGAAAAAUUAAUAAUACGGACACCUCAAGUAACCAAACAUCUCAAAAAUCCAGAGUACGAUAUCUAGAAAUACCACAAAAAAAAAAGCACGACGAAAUAUGCCUAUCCUUGAUAGACGUUUUACGGAAAUUUCAGCAUGGAAAAAUAAUAUUAGCAUGUGCCAAAUAAUUGAGCCUGCGUACGUACAAUUAUUUUGAAACAAAGACUACAAUGAACAUAUACGAAAAUCAUAAAAUAUUCAGCUAAAAGAAAAUUAGAGGCACUAUAGAUAUUCUGGUGCUAAAUGCAUUAAUUUAUGCAUAUGAAAUAAAAAUAUCCUCAAAUAUAUCUACAUAAUCACAGGCUACCUUGCAUGAACGCACUUGACCCUGUAUACUAUGCCCGAUGGUCCUCACUCAGGACGAUCGUAAAUUUCCGUAAAUUAAAUUAUUUGUACGUGAAAAAGAUCAUAUAGCCGUCGUGUUCUUAUUGCUAGGUACAUGUAGAUCGAAAAUGUGUACAUAUCAUUGCAUCUCGUCAGAAAAGCGGAUUCUGAAUUUUCCUAUAUCAACUGAAGUAGGUGUAAAUUGGUACAUAUAUUUAUGUAUAGCUUAGAAAUACGUACGUUCUACAAUAAUUACAUUAAGCGCUACUCGAGGGCGCUGCUGGAACCGGUGUCACCAUAAGC